UGACUUCAUGUGAUGUCAGCUGAAUGUAAAAGACAGUGAUCUCACGCGGAGGGGAAGAUGUUUGCCAUCAAAAUGUGACAGAGGAGACAGGCUGCAUGGCUCGGAACGCAUCUCCUUGGCGGUGGGGGAAAGAGACCUAGUGGAGAGAGGCUGCGCCCUGGCCCAGUCCGGUACGGCUCAGCUCGGCGAGCCAUGGCAAGCUCGGCUUCCCUGGAGACCAUGGUGCCCCCGGCCUGCCCGCGCGCUGGAGCGUCGCCGGCCACUUCCAAGACGCUGGCCUUCUCCAUCGAGCGCAUCAUGGCUAAGACGUCGGAGCCCCGUGCGCCCUUUGAGCCCCGACCCGGGGCACUGGAGGCGGACGGCGGCCAGGGCAAGAAAUUGCUCAACCUCUGCUCACCGCUGCCCUGUAUGAUCCCCCUCCAGCCCCUAGGCUACGAGGUGCCGUCCAAGACGCUGCUCAGUUACUCUGAGCUCUGGAAAAGCAGCCUCCGGGCGGGCGGCGGCGGCGGAGGAGGAGGCGGCGGCGGCGGCGGCGGGGGGGCCCCGGUGUGCGGCGCCAGCGGCUUGUGCAAAACCAACUGUGGCGUGUGCUGCAAGGCCGAGCUGGGCCUGGCGCCGUCUGCGCUACCCGCGGGCAGGGUCAUCAAGCCGCAGGUCAUCAACCAGGCAGUGGGGCUUCCGGCCAGCGGCUCGCUCUACUACUUCAACUACCUGGACUCUGCCGCGUACCCGCCGUCUGAGCUCCUGGGCGGCCACCUCUUCCCGUCCGGCCUCCUCAACGCACAGGCCCCCGCUGCCCUGGCUGCGCACCCCAAGCUCUUUUUGCUGGAGAACGCCAAGUUGGCCGGCCUGGCCUCAGACAAGUUCCCCCAUCCGGCCCCCUAUGCCCAUAAGGAGCGCCUGCCCGCGCCACUGGAGCAGGUGCUGAAGGAGAACUCAGCCCUGACCGCCGAGCGCGGCGGCGUCAAGGGCCACAGCAAGCUGCCUGGGGGCUCCGCGGACGGCAAGCCCAAAAACUUCACCUGUGAGGUGUGCGGCAAGGUAUUUAACGCUCACUAUAACCUCACCCGCCACAUGCCGGUCCACACCGGAGCCAGACCGUUCGUGUGCAAAGUCUGCGGCAAAGGCUUCCGCCAGGCCAGCACGCUCUGCAGACACAAAAUUAUCCACACCCAGGAAAAGCCGCAUAAAUGCAACCAGUGCGGCAAAGCCUUCAACCGCAGCUCCACGCUCAACACACACAUUCGCAUCCACGCGGGCUACAAGCCCUUCGUCUGUGAAUUUUGCGGCAAAGGCUUUCACCAAAAAGGGAACUACAAGAACCACAAGCUGACCCACAGCGGCGAGAAGCAGUACAAAUGCACCAUCUGCAACAAGGCCUUCCACCAGGUCUACAACCUGACUUUCCACAUGCACACCCACAACGACAAGAAGCCUUUCACGUGCGCCACUUGCGGCAAAGGGUUUUGCAGAAACUUUGACUUAAAGAAACACGUGCGCAAACUCCACGACAGCGGGGGUCCCACCACCCCCUGCACAAAGGACCUGACUCGGACAGUGCAGAGCUGAGAGCUACUGCCUCGCCCUCCCUUCCGGCCCUAUCCAACCCCCAAACAGAUCACACGUAUAAACUUAUUUCUAAAAUUAAAAGAAAGGAGAAAAAAAAAAAAA